UAUGCCGGUACCGUACCCGGUAGAUACCCGGACCCAGUGAAGCGUUUCCCGUUAUUUUGAAAGAUGCAUCUCCCUCCAGGGCUGAACUUUAUCUCAACAUCCCCAGACAGACGUCCUACUCAUAGCAUCCUUUGUUACAACCGCUGAUGUUUAUCAACAUGGAUAAGGAAUCCAAGAUUACCUUGACAGCGACCAACAAACAAGGGUGGCCAAACAUGGCAAACUCAACCUUCAACACAUUCCGGCAGUCUGAACACUCCUUAUGCGAUGUCUUCUUGAGAGGGGACGAUGAGAUGGAACCAAUACCCGCCCAACGGCAUGUUCUUGCUGCCAACAGCCUUUACUUCAAUGCCAUGUUCGCAUCAGGUUUUGUGGAGAGUAAACCGGACCACAGGGAGAUCUCGAUCGGUGGGGUAGACACAGAGAUUUUGUCAUUUAUCGUGGAGUUCCUCUAUGUGGGAAGCUGUCGUCUGCCGAGUGGCACCAUGCGUCGAGUGAUGGACCUGCUUGCUGCUUCGAACAUGCUGCAGGUUGAUGAGCUUUCCCGUGCAUGCACUAUCUACCUUGAAAAGUGCUUGGACUCUGACAGUGCACUAGAGCUGUGGCUAUCUGCCGAGAGUUGCAGAGUGUCUGACCUGGCCGAGACUUUCAAGAAGUUUGUCCAGUCAUACUUUCGGUCGAUCAGCAGGAGCCAGCGUGUGCUUGAGCUGGAUCUUCAGGAUAUGGCGGCCCUGCUUGGUCUGGAGGAGGUCAAUUUAGGGAAUGCAGCAAAUGAAGACACUUUGGUUGAGCUACUUCUGAGAUGGCUAACCAAUAACCCCAAAGCUCUCGACUCGAAUCUGCUUCCUGUUCUCAGUAAGAUAUGUUGGAGUGAAGCCAGCCAAGAGUGCAAGGACAAAUUUAGAGAGAAGCUUGCUGAAAUCUCCAAGGACAGUUCGUCAGAAUCUUUCCAAGCUGAAGAGGUAUUUGAUAUCUCAAAAUCGUCAUCUUUGAACCAAAGUUUCAAUCGAAACUUCUCCUGCUCGGUGUGUGCUAUAGAAGGUCUUCAGAAUUCAAGGGCAGGACGACGUUGCCCACAAACCAGUUCCAUGGAGGUUGCAGACAUUGACAGGAGGACCGGCACAGUCCUCAGGCAGUGGUCCGGGGAGUUCAAGGGAGGGUACUGUUUCCUACAAUACCAUGGUAACCUCUAUGUAUCAUCCAACUCAUAUCACCGUGACAACAAGCAUAUCGAUGUGCUAUGCCUGAGUGUGGCUGACGUUAUGAAUGCCAAUCUGAAAGUGCCGAAGACUAGAAGUUGGGAUGUAGGGUCGGUGUGGUGGGACUUGUUUCACAAGCAAGAAUAUGCACAUGCCAUCGAUGAGGAAAGGGGCAUUGUCUAUCUUUGUGGGUGUGCAUCGCAUAAUUUUCCUGCCUUACCUAAACAGGUCUUGAAGCUGGAUAUAGAGAAUAAUGAUUGCACUGAACUGACCAGUUUGCCUGCAGUAAGAGCUCAUCAUACAGCAAUAGUGGUAGAAGGAGACCUAUUUGUUCUUGGGGGAGAGGAAGACUGGUCGUGGUCAGGAACAUAUAACCCUGUCUCAACUGUCCUGAAGUAUGACUGGAUGAACAAUGAGUGGAAAGAAGUCAGUCCCAUGCUAGACCCCAGAACAAAUGGAGCCUACGCCUGUGUUGAUGGCAAGAUAUAUGCAUCAGGUGGAUCGACCUCUGUAGAUCAUUCAAGAAAUGUUGAGGUGUACGACCCUUCUCUGGACAUCUGGACAAAACUGAGUCCCAUGUCGGUACCCAGGGACAACCAUAGACUUGUGGCAGUGGGAAAGUAUCUCUUUGCUAUGGGCGGCGAGUCGUUUACAGAAGAAGACGGUGCCUGUUCAUGGAUAAUCCUAAAUACGGUGGAAAGGUACAGCAUCACAGAAGGAUGCUGGGAGGCUGCUUGGGAAAUGGCAAAGUUCAGACAGGAGAUUAUGGCUUUCACCGUGUAGAACAGUGAUGUAAGGAAUGUCCACAAAACAAAAACAAACCUAGAUGGAACUUCGACUGCACGCAGUCGAAAAUGAUGCCUCCGUCAUAUAGCAAUU